CUCAUAUAAAUACGCAGGGUUAUGAGUCAGAGUUCGUCAGAGAAUACGAACCCAAUGAUUCCCAUAUGUCCCGUGGUCUCCUUCACCUAUGUGCCCAGCCGGCUUGGUGAAGAUGCCAAAAUGGCUACCGGCAACUACUUUGGAUUUACCCACGGUGCUGCUGCGCAGUACAGUCAGCAGCCGGCCGCGGGGGUGGCCUACACCCACCCAACCACCGUGGCCAGCUACACUGUACACCAGGCACCCGUGGCGGCCCACACCGUGGCGGCAGCCUACGCCCCUGCCGGUGCCACUGUUGCCGUAGCCAGGCCUGCCCCUGUUGCCGUGGCGGCAGCUGCCACCGCGGCGGCCUAUGGGGGGUACCAGCCGGCACAUGCUGCUGCUGACUAUGGCUACGCGCAACGGCAGCCGGAUGUCCCGCCUCCACCUCCGCCUGUCACAUCUCAGAACUACCAGGACUCCUACUCUUACGUUCGGUCAACGGCCCCGGCGGUAGCCUAUGACCCCAAGCAGUACUACCAGCAGCCCGUGGCCAGUGCUGCUGUGGCGGCCGCUCAGCCCCAGCCCACCGCAGAGUCUUACUACCAGACAGCCUCCCUGAACGCUCCCUGGGACUCCGCCUGGAAGAAGACCCUGCAAGCCCCGAAAACAGGCUACAGCCAGGCCGCCCUGACCCCUUACACCCAAACGCAGCAGUCCCGUCAGGUCACGGCCAUCAAGCCCGCCACGCCCUCCCCCGCCACCUCCACCUUCUCCAUUUACCCCGUCUCCUCCACAGUGCAGCCGGUCGCCGCUGCCUCCGUCGUGCCGUCCUACUCGCAGAGCCCCACCUACUCCACCAGCGCCGUCACCUACUCCGGUAAGCACGACGCUGUAGCCAGUAUGCACUACCUGCCGACCACCUACUCCACCAACGCCGUCACCUACUCCCAGAGCCCCACCUAUAGCACCUACCCUGGCACCUCGUACUCGGGCUACGAAGCGGCUGUGUACUCCGCUGCCUCCACCUACUACCAACAGCAGCAGCAACAGCAGCAGCAGAAGCAGGCGGUGGCCGCGGUGGCAGCGUCGGCGGCCUGGACCGGGAGCACCUUCACCAAGAAGCCUCCCUUCCAGAACAAGCAGCUGAAACCCAAGCAGCCGCCUAAACCCCCACAGAUCCACUACUGUGACGUCUGUAAGAUCAGCUGCGCCGGACCUCAGACCUACAAGGAGCACCUGGAGGGGCAGAAGCACAAGAAAAAGGAGGCGGCCCUGAAGGUGUCUCAGAGCAGCACCAGUGGCGGGGGUGGAGGUGGGGGCUCGGCCCGCGGGACCCAGAACCAGCUACGCUGUGAGCUCUGUGACGUCUCCUGCACCGGCGCCGACGCGUACGCUGCCCACAUCCGAGGCGCCAAGCACCAGAAGGUGGUGAAGCUACACACCAAGCUGGGGAAGCCCAUCCCCUCCACAGAGCCCAGUGUGGUGACCCAGACCCCCACUGCAACCACGGCAGCCCCCUCCAAGAUCCCGGCCCCCACCACCACCACCACACCCUCCUCCAGCUCUUACCUGAAGUCUGUAAACAUCGUCAACCAGGGCAGUGUGGGGUCCGGGCUUGGGAAGGGUCAAGCCCAGAGUGGUCUGUCUGCAGCCAAUGCCACCGCAGCUGUGAAGAAGAACAACACCCCGAAGAUUAACUUUGUUGGUGGAAACAAACUACAGACUACUGGGAAGGUGACCGAGGAAGUGAAGGUGGAGGCAGCCAAGCCUCCACCACCCUCAUUGGUUCCCCAACCUCAGGAGAUGAAGAAUGAGUCCUCUGAUUCGCUGUCCACCCUAGCAGCCCUGCAGAAUGAUGUGCAGCCUGUUGGGCAUGACUAUGUGGAAGAGGUGCGUAAUGACGAAGGCAAGGUGAUCCGCUUCCACUGUAAGUUGUGUGAAUGUAGCUUCAACGACCCCAACGCCAAAGAGAUGCACCUGAAAGGCCGAAGGCACCGUCUGCAGUACAAAAAAAAGGUGAACCCGGAGCUGCAGGUGGAAGUAAAGCCGUCUAUCCGGGCCAGGAAGAUCCAGGAGGAGAAGAUGAGGAAGCAGCUACAGAAGGAGGAGUACUGGAGGAGAAGGGAGGAGGAGGAGAGGUGGAGGAUGGAGAUGAGGUACGAAGACAUGGGGCGCUACGAGGAGGACAUGUACUGGCGUCGGAUGGAGGAAGAACACCACUGGGACGACCGGCGCGGGGGCCCCAGGAUGCCCGGGGAGGGACCCUACCCACAGGGCCCCCCGGGGCCCCCAGGACUGCUGGGAGUCCGGCCUGGCAUGCCCAUCCCCCAGCCACAGGGCCCCGUGCCGCCGCGGCGGCCCGACUCUUCGGACGACCGCUACGUGAUGACGAAGCACGCGGCCAUCUACCCCUCGGAGGAGGAGCUGCAGGCCAUCCAGAAGAUCGUGUCCAUCACGGAGAGGGCCCUGAAGCUGGUCUCCGACAUCAUCAUUGACCAGGAUAAGGCCAAGGACACCACUGCGGAGGAGAAGGAGAAAGAGAAAGAGGAGAAGGAGGCGAAAAAAGAGGUCCCCAAGAUUCCCCAAGACAGAGCUCUGAAGGGGGUGAUGCGGGUCGGGGUUUUGGCCAAAGGACUGCUGCUCCGUGGCGACAAGAACGUCAACUUGGUUCUGCUCUGUUCAGAGAAACCCACCAAGACCUUGCUGAGCCGCAUAGUGGAGCAUCUUCCCAAACAGCUUACAUUGGUGACCCCUGAGAAGUACGAGGUGAAAGGUUCCGUUGAGGACUGUUCCAUCAUCCUAAUGUCUGGGGGCGAACCCAAAAUGACGGUCACCAUCACCCUCACCUCUCCCACCAUCCGAGAGGAGGGGACACCUACCACGCCCACACCGCGGGAUGGAGAUGUAACCUGGGGCUUGGUGCGAGACCCAGCGGACGUCUUGGACAGGCUAAAAUGCCUUGACGCUCUAGCGGCUCUGCGGCACGCUAAGUGGUUCCAGGCUAGGGCCAAUGGAUUGCAGUCCUGUGUGAUCGUCAUCCGGAUUCUGCGGGACCUUUGCCAGAGGGUCCCCACGUGGUCGGCCUUCCCCAGCUGGGCCAUGGAGCUGCUGGUAGAGAAGGCCAUUAGCAGUGCCUCUGGCCCUCUGAGCCCCGGGGACGCUCUCAGACGAGUCUUUGAAUGUAUCUCCUCCGGGAUCCUGCUCCCUGGUGGUCCGGGAUUGGCUGACCCGUGUGAGAAGAACCCGACCGACACCCUGACAGCCAUGGUGGAGCAACAGCGAGAGGACAUUACCUCAAGUGCCCAGUUUGCUCUGCGGCUGCUGGCAUUCCGUCAGAUCCACAAGGUGCUGGGAAUGGACCCGUUGCCACAGAUGAACCCCCGAUUCAACGUCCGCAACAACCGGAAGCGUCGCCGCGACAACAGUGACGGAACGGACGGAUUCGAGGGCGAAGGGAAAAAGGACAAGAAGGAUUUUGACAGUAGUUACUAGAACAUGCCCCCCUCCCCCCCCCCCCAUUCUCACCCCUUAUUAAUGUAAACUAGUCUGUGGCCUUGUUCCAGGCUGAUUACAUUGCACAGUCACUUGUCGGGUUUCAAUGCCUGGACACGUGUUUUAAGACGACUGCGUCCUUUCUCAUACAACCAUCUGCUAGAUCUGUCAGUCAACAACGUGUCGUAUGCCCGUUGUGGUGUGCCUGCAGUGUAGUCCGCCCAGAACGCGUCGCCUGUUCCUCCGUCACUGACAUUAACGGGUGGAUGUGUGUGGGUGGUCAAGACAACAUUGGAUAUGGGCCUGGUCCUGUGAGCCGUGACUGUAACAGGGUUGUAUUCGUUAGGCCACCUAACCGGGGGAAUGGAUGCUUUUAAAUAUUUUGCAAUAUAGGGGGAUGGGAGUGUUUCCCACUGACCACUCAGCGUAUUGUCAGUCGGUUAUCUUACAUUUGUGGUGCCUAAUAAAUACGACCCGGUCUUCUUCAUUUGCUGCUCGGCUGUACUAAGAAGGCUUGCUGCAGUACCCAGUUUGUCCACAAUGUUCUGUUUUGACUCAGACUUGCCCUGGCGUUGGGGCCUAGGCUCCCCCGGCUGAAUUUUACCCGCUAUUUUAUUUUUUACAGCUGUAGACGUUACCAUGACAACGGGGCCACUUUAGCCCCACACUUACUACUCCACAGACUUUUCAUUUAUAGGUGAAGACUUCUGUCUGUCAGGUUAUGGAAAUAUUAACGUUUGUUACAGUUAUUAAUAGACAAGGAUACUGGUAAAUCUCAAUGCCUAACAUGCAUGUUAUUUCUAGUUGCAUACAUUCAGAGCGUUGGCUGUCUAGCAAGUUAGCAGGUUACUCAAUGUGAAGCACAUUUCAAUCAGUCGCCAGUAAUGUUUUAUUUCCCAAUAAGCUGUAAUUUUUGAAUAUAGUUUCUUUUUAAAGUGGCAUAUAACGCCUGUUUAAAGUGGUUAAUAAAAAGCUAUGGUCUCGUCCCGCUUAAGGCCAAGACACCAGUGUGAGCUAAUGUUUAACACAGGAAUGUUAGAUGUGGAGUGGUUAUACUACAUUUUUCAAAACACUGAUUUUUAAUUUUGUGUUAGUAGUGCAGUUAUUCCUGAACGUAGCUCUCUAAUAUAUACAUAUGAAAAUAUACCUAUAAACUUGCAGUAGAUCAAAGUGGUUGGUUUAUUGAAUGCAUGGCUGUGUUUUCAGAUUUCUGUUAUUGUAUUAUGGCUUUUAACUUUUUUGAUUUUACAGAUUCAUUAUAUUGGGACAUUUAAUGGCUUGCCCCUAAUCUUGGUUUAAUGCUAUGUGCAUAUAGUUAAUUUGAAUAAUCUAUAGAAAAUGAAAACCAGUUGGUGUUAAAAAGACAAGUGUAGUGUUGUUUGUUGUAAUUGCUGUUUAAAUGUAGAUCCAUUCUUUCAUGCUUGACUGUCAGCCUCUAUUGCUUCUAAACCAUGGGCAGAAUAAAGACUUUUCCUCAUUG